AUGGCAAGAGGACGUGAGCGCCACGAUCGCUCGCGAUCCUCUCGACCAAAGCGUGAUCGAGACCACUACCGGUCCAGAAGCCGCAGCAGACGACGCAAUGAUGACCACACCCGACGCUCCAGGCAUGACAGUCCCCAACGAUACGGAUCAAGCAGCCCACGGGACGGAAGCCGCGAUACCUCCCACGGGAGAGACGGCCAUUCGUGUACAAGUCGACUCCAAGAUGCAACCCGAGAGUUCUACGAGCGAAGAUAUGUCGAUCUUCUACGGGAAAAUGAUGUACUACGACAAGAUAUCUGCACGAUGCAGACUACCCACCAAGAGGAAGCGCGACGAAAUGCUGAAGCCUUGGAAGCUCAGAACCUUGCCUCUGCGCAACUUCGAGAAGAGCUGCGUUCGUCUCAGCAAGAGCUCCAGGCCAAAGAGGUUCUCUUUCUCGAAGAAAAGAAACGACUGCUCGAGGAGUCGCAGUCUGCCAAACAGAGCUUGGCUCCUACCGUCACUGCAGGUCGAGAAAACAAUGACAGUUCGCCAAAUCUGUCACAAGAGCCGAAAAUUUUCAGGUCAUACGAAGCCCUUCUGUUCAAACGGCUCAAUCGUCUGAACCUGUUGGACGACGAGUACCUAGACUUUCACGUUCUACAGAGGCUUAGGUGCACCGUGGCUUCCGACCAUCUCUACAAACAAUUGCGGAUGUUCCAAGGCCUAGGGCCACUGAACCGAUGGUAUUGUCUUAUCCACGUCGAGGAUAAAGGCCGAAAUGUGGAGUUCCCAGCGAGUAAGGAGUGGUGCAAACAGCAAGACCACGUUCAUGGAGGUUGCUUCAUUGUGCGGGUCAUUGAGAAAGACUCAGUCAGGCGGCUGGGUGUUGGUUUCACUAGACACCCAUAG